ACGUUUUCAACCAAUCACAAGGGGUCUUGCAAAUUGCAUUCCGAACGACCAGUAUGAUGCAUGGCCGUCGAGUCCAAGCGGCGUUGUGGAACGACAUGGCGUUGAAGCGCGCUUUCAACACAGUGUCCAUCCCAACGUCAUCGCAGAAGCGAGGGCUGCCUCAGCUCCGACCUGACCAGUUUAAGGCGCUGGCAGGCUCGUGCUUGGCACGCGUGGAAGGCGCCCUGGAGCCACUGCUUCCCCCCGUGAACACCAUCUUCCAUGUGUCGCGAACUUCCAAUCCAGAUGCAUUGGUGGUGACGUUGGCUGCACAUGAGUUUCAGUUGACGGUGUUGGCGAAAACGCAAAAGAUUGAACUUGUGUCUCCAGUGCGUUCCUACGAAGAAACUACCAGUGCAAUGUGUUGCAUCGUUGAGGCAUCGUUCAUUCGUAGAUCUCGGGCACGCGUACAUACGUGUACAAUCCCAGGACACUCCGAUGGCAGGAUCAUGUAAGUGAAUAGACCAGUACUAGUGGCGUUAACAUGUGCAGGUUGACAGCCACGACCUCGAAGGGCUACUCACCCGAGACCUCAUGCGCCUGUGCACUGGAGUUCCUGGCUUUUAGACCCGAAGACUACGAGUACAGUAUAACGUUAACAUUUUGUAUGUCAGCCACAAUGAAUACAUAAAAAACGUUUGCUGGAUGGUUUGAUCAAUAGUAUUGUCCUUUUACCCAAAAUUUGGACUUU